UAGAAUUACGCUUUCGUUCCGACCAAUUGCAGAUCGGGAAGCCUGGCGCUGAUAGUUUGAAUCGUACUUCUGGCUCUGGGGAUGAGGGUUGAUGGUAGCUGUAGUAGUAUGGAUUGUGGUAGAGCAUAUAAGAGUAGACGGAAUGAGAAGCAACAGCCCAACAGCAAGGUAAGAGGCACCUGUGUGGUUGUCUGGGAUGACCGUUUUGAGUCAGACUUCUUUGUUUGUCUGGACAAAAAUGAGAAGAUCUUUCAAGCUCGUAUGAGACAGAUUCUUGAAAAGUACAACAAACCCUUUGAAGAAGACGUGCUUGUGGAUAUUAAAAGCCUCGCAUACAUCACUCCAAAUAAAUUGCUAUCUCAGAAUUUUGAUUCAAAGGCAAGUUGCACACAAAGAACACAUCCAGGCAGAAAGGAGCAAAAGUCUAAAGCAGCAGUAAGUGUGUGCAGCGAGACAUUCCUCUAUGAUGGUGUAUAUCACGCUGAUGGCAACAAUGACUCCCAGCUGGAAAAGGAAUCUGAUGAUACAGUCUGCAAUGAGACGUUUAUCAUCUCUGAAGGAAAUGCAAGUGGAUGCCAUUUGGAAGAUCCAUGCAACUCACAGCUGGUUGAAUUUAAGGGUUCAUCUCCUUUAAAGCAUCUUUCAGAAAUGAGGCAUGGGAAGACAUAUGCUGCAAAUGUGGAUAUAAUUGUCCAGACAAAUGAAACUUCGAUUCCUAAAGCAUUUGCUGUUCAGUGCACAGAAGAAAAUUCAUUUUCUUAUAAAGUCUCUCCACUGAAAUAUGGAAGGAAGACUUUUGACCACGGCCAUACAGCAGAUAUUUCUCUGCAAUAUCUCAGUGCCAGAACUGCACACUGUAAUGCUUCUCCUAUAAAAGUGUCUAUUUCCUCUCAUCUAAAAAGUUUUUUUGGAAGGCACCACAGAGAUGUGUCCACAGUGGCUGGCCAUCAGACUUUGAAACUUUUGAAAAAUGAACCAGAUGAGUAUAACUUUGGUGACGACGAGGAUUCAGAUUCCCCAGACCCAUUAGAUGUUAGCCUGGCUGAUUACUACCCAAGUAUGAUUGUUUGCCUCAGUCGACUCAUGGAAAUCCCUUGCAAACAGCAAGCAGCUGCAAACAUAAUUAAACACUACAGACGUCGCCUUUGGUGUUCCAGUAAAAACAGACCUGAUAUGAAGAAAGCCAAGAAACAAAUUUGCAAAUCAGCUAAUACUAAACUGGUUUCCAGCUCAAAACCUAAGUCGGUGAAAACAUCCAACACAUUUCUAACUGAAACUGAUAAAAUCAUUACUUGUCGACAUAAAGAUUUUGAGGAAUCUGGCAUAAUUGAAUAUAAAGAGAGAAGAAGACCAUUUCAUUCCAUGUCAAGCCAUAAAGCCACAUUACCAGUUGCAGAACAAAUGUCAUUUUUAACAAACACAGUUUUACUUCCCAAAGAAAAGCCCCUCCCAGACAAGUUUUUCAUUCCACAUUUUAAAAAUGCCUCUUUGCCACCUAAAUAUGAAGUCCCAAAUUGUGUUCAUGGGGACACCAAACUCCUAAGCAAACUGACAUCAAAUCAAUUGGCCGUGGCUUUGCUGAAUCAGAAGCAAUUGAAGUAUGAUGCAUUUGUGCCAAAGGAUUCACCAAACAAGUUUCAGAUAAAAGCACCUCAGAGAAGUGUUCCUUCAUUAAGAAGACGGCACUCUUUUUCAACACUCCCUGAUAAAAGCCAGAGCACAUACGAUGGUGCCUUUGAAACACUAUAUAAGAAACUGCUUUCAGAGGGUUCCCAUCAGAGGUCUUUACCCCCAAAUACCCAAUAUCCAUUAUCAGAUACAGUAAAUGCUCUUAUAAAUUCGCCAAUAUUAAAUAAAGGUAAAAGACCAGCAAGUGAAGAUCUGCCAUUUUCAAAGUUCAAGAGACACAGGAGUGCAACUGAAACUUUUGUACUUGACACUUCAAACCCAAAGACAAAUGCUUUACCUUCUCAGAUGAAAAUUGGUGGAUCAGAUUUAUGGCAUGGCAGUAGUUCUCAAAGGUGGAAUCCAAAAGAACAUCCUAGCCAGCCAGUUCUCUCACUAUUCCGGAGUCCAAGGUCUUCAGGUUCAUUGUCUACCUGGCUCUAUAGUAGAAGUCCAAAAAGUGUAGAAACAUUCAGCCUGCCUUCUACAACUGUGAAGAGAGCAAGUUCCAGGAAGCUGAACUAUAAUUAAAAUUCUGAAUGAGCUGCUGAGAACUGCAAGACUACAAUGUGACGUGAACAGUUCUUGGAGAGAGAUUUAUUUUCUAUUCUCCAACUGUAUUUUAUUCUGUCCAAAAAUAGCUUCUUAUCAAUGUUCAAGUAAUUGUAACUCUCUUAUGACUUAUGUGUAUUAUAGUCUGUGAUUUUAAUUACAGCUUAUGUCGAUUAAAAGUAUACAGUGCUGGUCUAUACGUGUGUCCUAAGUUCUCCCAGAAGUGGAGG